ACCGAGGCUACCCUUGCUUUGUUUCUUGAAUUUACAAGUGUGUCUUUAAGGGAGCCAAUACAACCUCAGAAUCACACUGACAAAAGGAGAACAAAUUUUCAAAUCGUGGACUUAGAAAUCUUGUGUGACGACGAUACGAUUUCGAUUGUACGAAUCGGUAUCGAGCCGUAAAAAAUGGAGGAAGACCCAUUUCUCCGGCAGUACCAGCCGUCGGAGCUUAAGAUCGCUUCGGAGUUUUUGACGAAUUGGCUACCUUUCUUAUCGAAAGAUCUAUGCAAGGACUGUAAUCACCUUCUCUCCAAUCGAAUCCGUUCUCUUGACCCAGAACAUUGUGGUGUCACAGAUAAAUUUGAUGGAGAGUGUAAAGCUGGUUCUUGUACGGUGGUGGGAAAUUUGGAAACAGAAAGAACAAGUAACAUUGUGGAUGAAAGUUAUGAUGGGAAGUCUAAUAAAGAUUUGGAAGACUGUGAUAACCAUUCGUUAGGUAGUUGGAACGAGAGUGGAAUUGUAUUUGGUUCGUUUUCUGAAGCUUCGAGUAGUGUACUUCCCUCUCGACCAUCUGUUGUUGAAUCAGCAAGCCCUCGAAUGUCAUGGGCUGAUAUGUCACAAGAGGAUGAGUUUGAGGAUGAGGAGGAUGAGGAGGAGCAGAGAGAUUCGGGUAGGAAAGGUUUUGAUGCGGGUUCGAUGAAGACUCCCGGGAAGACUAAGUUGUCUAGAGACCAGAGAGAGAAUCUCAGGCUGAUGCAUGUGAAGAGAAAGAAAGAUUUCAUUUGCUUGGAGAGAGUUAAGGGGAAAAUCGUUAACGUGCUUGAUGGACUUGAGUUGCACACUGGUGUUUUUAGCGCAGUGGAGCAGAAACGGAUUGUUGGUCUAGUGUAUCAACUUCAAGAGAAGGGUCGAAAAGGAGAACUUAAAAAGCGUACAUUUACUGCUCCCCAAAAGUGGAUGAGAGGCAAAGGACGUGAGACUAUUCAAUUUGGCUGCUGUUACAACUACGCUACAGAUAGAGCUGGAAACCCACCUGGUAUCCUUCAGCGUGAAGAAGUGGAUCCGUUACCUCAUCUUUUCAAAGUAAUCAUUAGAAGGUUGAUUAAUUGGCAUGUACUGCCUACAACUUGUGUUCCUGAUAGCUGCAUUGUCAACAUCUAUGAGGAAGGUGACUGCAUACCUCCUCACAUCGACAACCAUGACUUUCUCCGUCCGUUCUGUACCAUCUCUUUCCUCAGUGAAUGUGAUAUCCUCUUUGGCUCAAACCUGAAAGUUGAGGGUCCUGGUGAAUUCUCGGGUUCGUACUCAAUACCGCUUCCUGUGGGAUCAGUUCUGGUGUUAAAUGGAAAUGGAGCUGAUGUAGCUAGGCACUGUGUACCUGCAGUUCCGACAAAAAGAAUAUCAAUCACAUUUAGGAAAAUGGAUGAGUCGAAACGCCCAGUUUGGUUCACCCCAGAGCCUGAUUUGCAAGGGAUCGAGCCACUGUCGUUGGAGCUGAACGGCUCUGGUUCUGCUUCAAGGUCCGCAGGAUUAAACAGCCAUAACGGCACAAACCGAAGAGGACAUGGACGUAGAGGAGGAGGUAAUAAUUAUGACUCAAGAGGUUACUAUAACGCUGAGAGAAGCAGUGAACACAAUGACUCUGGAGACUGGCCAUCAAGCCAGAGAAGAGGAAAGCCACGUUCGAGUAGAAACUAAAGGUUCAACUUCUGAAGCUAAAAUAUAUGAGUUAUUUUUUCAUUAGAUAACAAAUUUUCCACAUAAAUAUAAAUUUGUACAACAUGUUAACGUCUGA